GCUCACAGCUCGGUUUGGUUUCCGCCCUGUUUAAACCACGAAUGGUCCAUUUGUGACCAGGAAUCUGUUCCGAAUGGCCGGAAUGACGGAUAACAUUCCUUUACAGCCCGUUCGCCAUAAGAAACGGCACGACAACAAACACAGAAACGGGUGCUGCCCAUGGUCAGGGUGUUGCGGAUCAGGAGAUUUUCGACCCCGGACGGUAUGGCUAGGUCACCCCGAGAAGAGGGAACAACGCUACCCCAGGAACGUCGUCAACAACCAAAAAUAUAACUUCUUUACCUUCCUACCUGGGGUGCUGUUUAACCAGUUCAAGUACUUCUUUAAUCUCUACUUUCUGCUGCUGGCCUGCUCCCAGUUUGUGAAUGAACUCCGAUUAGGACCCCUGUACACUUACUGGGUUCCACUGGGUUUUGUACUGUUUGUCACCGUGGUGAGGGAUGCUGUGGAAGAAGUGCGAUGUUACCUGCGGGACAAAGAGGUCAAUUCUCAGAUCUAUAGCAAGCUUUGUUCAAGAGGUACCAUGAAGGUGAAAAGCAGUGGCAUUCAGGUCGGAGAUCUUAUCAUCGUUGAAAAGAACCAGCGCGUUCCCGCUGACAUGAUCUUCCUACGGACCUCGGAAAGAAACGGCUCAUGCUUUCUGAGGACUGACCAGCUGGACGGAGAAACAGACUGGAAAUUGCGCCUCCCGGUGUCCUGCACACAAAGACUUCCCACCGCUGCAGACCUUCUACAGAUCAGGUCUUACGUGUACGCCGAGGAACCUAACAUCGACAUCCAUAACUUCAUCGGUACCUUCACCAGAGAAGACGGGGACCCUCCAGUUAACGAGAGCCUGAGCAUCGAAAAUACGCUGUGGGCCAGCACUGUCGUCGCCUCUGGUACAGUGAUAGGUGUGGUGAUAUACACCGGCAAAGAACUUCGUAGCGUCAUGAACACCUCCAAUCCAAAGAAUAAGAUUGGCCUUCUUGACCUGGAGGUGAACUGCCUGACCAAGAUCCUGUUCGGGGGAAUGGUGGUGGUCUCACUGGUCAUGGUGGCUCUGCAGCAUUUUGCCGGUCGCUGGUACCUGCAGUUCUUCCGUUUCCUGUUGCUCUUUUCCAACAUAGUGCCUAUCAGUUUGCGUGUAAAUCUGGAUAUGGGCAAGAUGGUGUUCAGCUGGAUGAUCAAGAAAGAUUCAAAAAUCCCUGGAACUGUGGUCCGAGCCAGCACCAUCCCGGAGCAGCUCGGGCGAAUCUCGUAUCUUCUCACUGAUAAGACAGGGACCCUUACUCAGAACGAAAUGGUGUUCCGUCGUCUCCAUCUCGGCACUGUGGCCUACGGGAUGGAUUCCAUGGAUGAGGUGCAGAGUCACGUGUUCAGUGCCUACACUCAGCCUCCUCAUGACCAGCCUGCCUCCAGACCCCAGGUCACCUCUAAAGUAAGAAAGACGAUUAGCAGCCGAGUGCACGAAGCAGUGAAGGCCAUCGCUCUGGUGCACAACGUCACACCUGUGUACGAGGGCAACGGCGUGACGGAGCAGGCCGAGGCAGAACAGCACUACGAGGACACGUGCAGGGUGUACCAGGCCUCCAGCCCUGAUGAGGUGUCUUUGGUGCAGUGGACAGAAGGCGUCGGACUGACUCUGGUGGGAAGAGAUCAAUCCUCUAUGCAGCUGAGGACCCCUAGUGGCCAAAUCCUCAAUUUCACCAUCCUGCAGAUUUUCCCUUUCACCUAUGAGAGCAAGCGAAUGGGAAUCAUAGUGCGGGAUGAGUCCAACGGAGAGAUCACCUUCUACAUGAAAGGCGCUGAUGUGGUUAUGUCCGGCAUUGUGCAGUACAAUGAUUGGUUAGAAGAGGAGUGUGGCAACAUGGCCAGAGAGGGUCUGCGAGUUCUGGUCGUUGCCAAGAAGUCUUUGACGGAGGAGCAGUACCAGGAUUUCGAGGCUCGAUAUGUCCAAGCAAAGCUCAGCGUGCAUGACCGCUCUCUGAAGGUGGCCACGGUGCUUGAGAGUCUGGAGAUGGAGAUGGAACUGCUGUGUCUGACCGGGGUGGAGGACCAGCUACAGGCCGAUGUGAGACCCACACUGGAGAUCCUGCGCAAUGCUGGAAUCAAAGUCUGGAUGUUGACAGGAGACAAAUUGGAGACGGCCACUUGCACCGCCAAAAACGCCCACCUGAUAACCCGCACUCAGGACAUCCACGUCUUCAGGCCUGUGACCACACGCAGCGAGGCCCACCUCGAGCUCAACGCCUUCAGGAGGAAGCACGACUGCGCUCUGGUGAUAUCAGGAGACUCUCUUGAGGUGUGUCUUAAAUAUUAUGAGUAUGAGUUCAUGGAGCUGGCGUGUCAGUGCCCGGCUGUGGUUUGCUGUCGCUGUGCGCCAACACAGAAGGCUCAGAUUGUUCGGCUGCUGCAGGAACGCACCGGCAAGCUCACCUGCGCUGUGGGGGACGGAGGAAAUGAUGUCAGCAUGAUCCAGGAAGCGGACUGUGGCGUGGGAGUGGAAGGCAAAGAGGGAAAGCAGGCCUCCCUGGCUGCCGAUUUCUCGGUGACUCAGUUCAAGCAUUUGGGCAGGCUGCUCAUGGUGCACGGCCGAAACAGCUACAAGAGAUCAGCCGCCCUCAGCCAGUUCGUCAUUCACAGGAGCCUCUGUAUCAGUACCAUGCAGGCUGUCUUCUCCUCCGUCUUCUACUUCGCAUCAGUCCCGCUCUAUCAAGGCUUUCUCAUCAUCGGAUACUCAACAAUCUACACCAUGUUCCCUGUGUUCUCCCUCGUUCUGGAUAAAGAUGUUAAAUCUGAGGUGGCUAUGCUCUAUCCUGAACUUUACAAGGACCUCCUGAAAGGUCGACCGCUUUCCUACAAAACAUUCCUGAUAUGGGUCUUAAUCAGUAUUUACCAAGGCAGUAUCAUCAUGUACGGAGCCUUGCUGCUGUUCGAGUCGGAGUUUGUGCACAUCGUGGCCAUCUCGUUCACCUCACUGAUCCUGACUGAGCUGCUUAUGGUGGCACUCACCGUGCAGACAUGGCACUGGCUCAUGAUCGUGGGUGAACUCCUGAGUCUCGCCUGCUACGUCGCCUCGCUUGUCUUCUUACCCGAGUUUAUCGAUAUCUACUUCAUCUUGACAUUGUCGUUUUUAUGGAAGGUCACCGUGAUCACGCUGGUCAGCUGCCUGCCCCUGUACUUCCUGAAGUACCUGCGCCGCCGCUUCUCCCCGCCCAGCUACUCCAAACUCACCACCUAGAGCCGAACGACAAAUUAUCAGAAACCAAAACACACAUUAUCAGUGCUUACUGUGGCUCUGGUUGUGCGUUUCGUUGUGUUGGUAUCUCUCUCUUAAUGUGAUCUGUUCAGCCAGCCUCUUUAUCACUACACUUCAUUCUAACACUACAGCCAGUAAGAUUUUACAGAGCCUUCCGAGUGGUUGUGCUUUACACAUAAUGCAGGAUUUCAUCAAGAAUCGGCUCAUUCGUGCCAUUUGCAGUCACGCUAAAGCUAUGCAGUCGAGCCAGGCUCCGAGAGGGUCGUGGGCGCUGAAUCACGAGGGUGUUUUCAGGAUUGAUUGAUUGAGUUGAGUCACCGGCCAGAGGGGGCUAAACAAGCUGGCUAGCCUAGAUGUGCAAUUGCUUGUAAGAAAACAGACUUAAUUUCUACCCUACUGUUUAUAUAUUUAACAAAUAUUAAAGAUGAAAGGGGAAUUUAAAUUGAGGAAACACGUUGAAAUAAUAAAAUUAUUAGGAAUG